GCAGGCAGGCAGAAGGAAAAGCGGUGCAACAUCAAAAGGGGCACUUCCAAAACAUCAGCCCGCAUAAUAAUAAUAUAUAUAUAUAAACCCUCCUGGAAGGCAUAAAGCCGAGAAGGGCAGGAACUGCAGAUGUAGGAAGGAGGAAGAAAGAGAUUCAACAAGACAGGGGAGGGAGGGGGAAACGGAAAAGGGGGAACGGCUGGUCAGGGAUGCAGCUGAGCAGGGAGUGAUCUGCUGGUCAUCCCCACCUGGCCGGCCGCCCUCUGAAGGAAGAAGCGGAAGCUGCGAUGGACACAGAGAUGCCUCAGGGCUGUGUGGCUUUUGAGGAUGUGGCUGUGUAUUUCACAGAGAGUGAGUGGGCUUUAUUGGAUACACAUGAAAAGGCUUUGUACUGGGAUGUCAUGCAGGAAAAUUAUGGGCAUGUGGCCUCUUUAGGUUUUCGAGUUGUCAAACCCAACUUGAUCUCCCAGCUUGAGCAAGAGGAAGACCCAUGGAUCCCAGACCAGCCAAUUGUGGAGGAAAAGGAGAUCAUUUUGGAGCCUGACACAGCAGAGAUUCCUGAUGUGAUAAUAAAGCUGGAAGAAGAAGAAGAAGAAGAAGAAGAAGAAGAAGAAGAGGAGGAGGAAAAGGAGCAGCUUUGGGUUCUGGACCACCAGUGGCAAAAGACCUUCCCAGGAUUUCCUGACCUCGUAAUAAAGCAAGAACAGGAAGAGGAGCCGUGCGUCCCAGAACACCCAGGAGCUGACGAAAAUGCGAAUGCUGCUGCAGAUCAGUCAGGAUUUCCUGGUAUAAUAAUAAAACUGGAACUGAAAGGAGAGACCUGGGCCCAAGAUUUCCAAGAAACUGAGGAAAGGGCAACUGUUUCAGGCAAUGGGUACAUGAAAGAGGAAGGCUACUUCCCACCGGAAAGCACUCAUCAAGUGGCAACGGGUGAGACAUUCAUGGGAAUUGCCAAGGAGAGAGUCUUCAAGUAUCCAAAGAAGGCCGAGGUCUCUGUGAAAAAAGGCCAAGCAGAGAGGCACCAAGGAAAUGCCUCUGGAAAGAGAGUGGGAAAGACUUUAUCUCGUGGGGGAAGUGGCAUCAAUGAAACCAAACUCCAGAAGAGAAUCCAUAAGUCUGGGAGAAUGCUUAAAAAAGGAGAGGAACCAUAUAAAUACCUAGUUGACGAUAAGAGAUCUGGCUGGAGAUAUUACCUGAUGACCCAUGGGAAGGGCCAUGCAGGAGAGAAACUAUAUACAUGCUUAGUCUGUGGGAAAAGAUUCUUUCGGAGAUCACAUCUUAUCAGACACAAGCUAAAUCAUACAGGGGAGAAACCAUAUACAUGCUCAGUCUGCGGAAAAAGCUUCAAUCAAAGAUCCCAUCUUAUUAGCCAUGAAAGGACCCAUACAGGGGAAAAGCCAUACCCAUGCUCUGUCUGUGGUAAAAACCUGAGUCGUAAGGCACUCCUUAUAAGACAUGAGAAAAUUCAUACGGGAGAGAAGCCUUACAAGUGCUCUGAGUGUGGUAAAAGCUUCUGUCAGAGCUCUGGCCUUGUUGCGCACAAGAUCACCCACACAGGAGAGAAACCAUAUGCGUGUUCAGUCUGUGGGAAAAGCUUUAGUCGCAAAGCAAGCCUUAUCAGACAUGAGAGAAUUCAUAUGGGAGAGAAACCAUAUACAUGUCCGGUCUGUGGUAAAAACUUCAGCCAGUGCUCCGGCCUCCUUCAGCAUGAAAGAAUUCAUACGGGAGAGAUCCCGUAUAAGUGUUCCAUCUGCGGGAAAAGUUUCAGUCGUAAAGACUGCCUUCUGGGACACAAGGGAACCCACACGGGAGAAAAACCAUAUUCGUGCUCUAUCUGUGGGAAAAGCUUCAAUUGGAAAAGUUACCUGGCUGUCCACGAGAGAAGCCAUAAUGAAGAAAAGUCGUAUAUAUGCUCAAUCUGCGGGAAAAGCUUCAACCAAAGAUCCAAUCUUCUUAGCCAUGAAAAAACUCAUACACAAGAAAAAACGUGCACGUGCUCUAUCUGUGGUAAAAGCUUCAUUCACAAAGUAAGCCUUAUUAGACAUGAACGAGUCCAUACUGGAGAGACACCCUAUAAAUGUUCAGUGUGUGGGAAAGGUUGUAGCGGGAGAACUAAUCUUAUUUCACACGAAAGAACUCACACGGAAGAAAGGCCUUAUGCCUGCUCAUUCUGUGGUAAAAGUUUCAAGCAAAGAUCCAACCUCACGAGCCACGAAAGAAUUCACACCGGAGAAACUCCCUUUAUGUGCUCAGUCUGUGGCAAAAGCUUCAGCUGUAAAGCAAAUCUUCUUGGACACAUGAGAACCCAUACAGGGGAGAAACCGUAUUCGUGCUCAGUUUGCGGGAAAAGCUUUGGUAAUAAAUCGCAAGUGGUCAUACACGAGAGGAUUCAUACGGGGGAAAAACCAUACACCUGCUCAGUCUGUGGGAAAAGAUUCAAACACAGAACGAGCUACACCGAACACCAAAAAAUCCACACGCAGGAAAAACCGUACACAUGCUCAGUCUGUAGCAGAAGCUUCAGUCGUAAGGAGCACCUGAUUAUUCAUGGGAGAAUCCACACCGGAGAGAAGCCAUAUUCAUGCUCGGUCUGUGAGAAGAGUUUCAAGCAGAAGUCAAGCCUUACUUCACAUGAGAGAAGCCACACAGGAGAGAAACCACAUACAUGCUCAGUCUGCGGUAAAAGUUUCAAUCGCCGGUCAAACCUUAUUCAUCAUGAGAGAAUUCACACAGGAGAAAAACCACACCAAUGCACCGUCUGUGAUAAGAGUUUCCGGAGUAAAGCAUACCUGAGGAGACAUGAGAAAAUCCAUGUCAGAUAAGGCAAUCCAUAUGGGAGGAGGGGCAGCGAUAUGGGGAGAGAAAAUUGAAGUUGGUAAAAGAUGAUUAAAUAGAAAGAAAUUAUAUAUAUAACUCU